AACCCGGAGUCUGCGGAAGUGUAGCUGCAGCAACGCAGCUGAGGCAGGUAACCUGCAGCUCUGCUGUCAAGCAGCUGCUCCGGGUUUUGCGGACCCACGACCUCUGGUGGGGUGAGCAGAGAAGACCCGAUCCGACUUGCCCUGGGAAUCUCAAGACAAUGAUGCUCAGUUAUCUGCCUGUAUUCAUGGAGUUAGAAGAAUCCAUUCUGCAAAAAACAAUUCCAGCAUGCUGUGUUCUGGGAAUUGAAAGUUGUGGGAAGAUAAUUUGUGCCAGUGGUAAGCCAGCCAUUUGUGAUUCUGAACUACUAGAGAAGAUAAGAAGCCUCAGCUGAGAUUCAGCAAAGCUACCAACUGCAGACUACACCAUGAACAUAAAGCUGGACCCUUCCCGGGAUGAUCUGCCUCUCAUGGCCAACACCAGCCACAUGCUUGUGAAGCACUACAUACUGGAUUUGGAUGUGGACUUUGGAAAUGGAGUCAUUGAGGGCAACAUAGUGCUUUUCUUUGGAGAUGGAAACAGACUUAAAAAACAGUCGAGUUCCACCCAGGAAACCUUCCAGAUGGAGUCAGAGGAAGCCUACAUAUUUAGGACAGUUGGACCCUGCCAUGUUCCUGAGAUGGAUUCAAGUACCUUCUCACCUAAGAUGGGGCAUAAAGAAUUUGCAGUCUGUGGUAAAGGUGAUCAAGAUGCCUUUGAUAACAAUGGUAACCAUGACAACCAGGAACAUGAUUCUGAGAUCUCUAGCUCAAAGUACUGCUGUGACACAGGGAAUCAUGGGAGAGAGGAUUUCUUGCUAGUGUUGGACUGCUGUGAUUUAUCUGUGCUAAAGGUAGAGGAGGUGGAUGUGGCUGCUGUGCCAGGCCUUGAGAAAUUUACAAAAGCUUCAAAGCUCUCAGCUACUCCUGAGAAGCUCAGGCGUGAGAUUGUCCGUGACCUUGUGGCUCUGCCUGCAGAUGCUUGGAGGGAGCAGUUAGACUGCUAUACUCGCUGCAGCCAGGCUCCUGGUUGUGGGGAGCUCUUGUUCGACUCUGACAAUUGGAGCUUACAGAUCAGGAAGACGGGGGCUCCGACAGCUGCUGACUUUCCCCAUGCCAUCAGGAUAUGGUAUAAAACUAAACCCAAGGGGCAGUCAGUGGCUUGGACCUCAGACCAGAAUGGCAGGCCAUGUGUUUAUACUAUGGGAUCCCCCAUCAACAACAGGGCCCUUUUUCCAUGCCAGGAACCACCCGUUGCCAUGUCAACAUGGCAGGCUACAGUUCGAGCAGCUGCAUCUUUUGUUGUUUUAAUGAGUGGGGAAAAUUCUGCCAAGCCCACACCGCUUCGAGAAGGAUACAUGAGCUGGCAUUACUAUGUAACCAUGCCAAUGCCAGCCUCUACCUUCGCAAUUGCAGUGGGGUGCUGGACAGAAAUGAAGCCCAAGACUUCCCCAUCAAGUGAUCUGAUGACUGACCACGCUCUCCCCCUCCCACGAUCAGAGGCUGACUUCAGGUGUGAUAACACCUGCAGUCAUAUGGAAUACCCUUGCCGGUUCCAGAGUGCAUCUGCUGCUGCCCAGGACAUCAUUCCUUAUCGAGUGUUUGCCCCAGUGUGCCUUGAGGGUGCCUGCCGAGAGGCCCUGCUGCGGCUGAUCCCUCCUUGCCUCUCAGCUGCACACUCUGUCCUGGGAACACACCCUUUCUCCCGGCUGGACAUUCUCAUUGUCCCCACCAACUUUCCAAGCCUGGGGAUGGCCAGCCCACACAUCAUCUUCCUCUCUCAGAGCGCCUUAACAGGCACGAACUAUCUCUGUGGGACCCGUCUUUGCCAUGAAAUUGCUCACUCCUGGUUUGGCCUAGCCAUCGGGGCCCGAGACUGGACAGAGGAGUGGCUCAGCGAAGGAUUUGCCACUCAUUUGGAAGAUAUAUUUUGGGCUGAAGCACAGCAGCUGCCCCGCCAUGAGGCCCUGGAGCAGCAAGAGCUUCGAGCUUGCCUGCGCUGGCGUCGCCUGCAGGAUGAGCUGCAGAACUCCCCGGAGGGAAUGCAGGUGUUAAGACCCAACAAAGAGGAGACUGGCCAUGUGAGUGCUUCAGGUGCAUCUGUUGUCAAGCACGGCCUCAAUCCAGAGAAGGGCUUCAUGCAGGUUCAUUACUUAAAGGGCUACUUCCUUCUUCGGUUCCUAGCCAGAACACUUGGAGAGGAAACUUAUUUUCUGUUUUUAAGAAACUUUGUGCACCUGUUUCAUGGGCAGUUGAUCCUUUCCCAGGAUUUUCUUCAAAUGCUGUUGGAGAGCAUUCCAGAAAACAAAAGGAUGGGACUGUCUGUUGAGAACAUCGUCCGUGAUUGGCUUGAGUGUUCCGGAAUACCUAAGGCGCUGCAGGAGGAGCGCAAGGCCGAGGACUGCCAGCCGAGUAGGCUGACACGGCAAGUGGGCUCGGAGGUGGCGAAAUGGAUUCGAAUGAACCGCAGACCCCGAAAACGCAAACGAGGGACGCGAGACGCCGCCUUUGAAAAGCUUUCUCCAGACCAGAUUGUCCUGCUUUUGGAGAGGCUCUUAGAGCAGAAGACCCUGAGGCCCCAGACACUGCAUUGUCUCCAGCAGACUUACCAUCUCCAGGAGCAGGAUGCAGAGGUUCGCCAUCGAUGGUGUGAACUGGUUAUUAAGCACAAGUACACAAAGGCAUACGAUCAGGUCGAGAGGUUCCUGCAGGAGGAUCAGGCCAUGGGCGUAUACCUGUAUGGGGAGCUGAUGGUGAGCGAGGACGCCAGGCUGCAGCGGCUCGCCCACAGGGGCUUCGAGCUGGUGAAGGAGCACAUGGACAACGCGUCAGCCCAGGUGGUGACCGAAAUGCUGUUUUAAAGAGGACCGAUCACAGUGAGACUCUCUUUCAUAUACCUUCUCCUGGCCCUGGUGGGGCCAGGACUGCAUUGACCCUGGACAUCAAAGGGAGGAUUAUGUGGCUGCUAAGGCCAUCAGCCCACAGCAGCAGUUGGUCCAUCUUGGGCUUC